AUAUGUAUUAGGCAUACAAUGUAAACAACAGGAAAACAAAGAAACUAAAAUUGCAGGAUCAUUCUCUAACAGUAGCAUUAGUUGCAAUGGAUUCCCAUAAAAAUAUUAUUAAGGCGGUUAAAUCCAACUGGAUUUUAAAUGGCGGAUGUGGACUUAAUGAAGUAGUUCAAACAAAUAUAACAAAUGAAGAUAUAUUUGUAAAGCCAAAAUUGGAUGAUAUUCUUUGUGCGGAUCGUGCAAUUUUACUGGGACGUCCAAAUUCUUCUCGAAGUGAAACGGCCUGUGAACUUCAACUUUUGGUGUCACCUCCAUAUAAAGUUGAAGCGUUUACUGUUUUGUGUAGCGUACCGAAAAUAGAAUUAUUUAUUGGUGAACAAAAGGAAUACGCAGAAACUGUUUACGGUACAAUUAUGGAAGAAGACGAAGAUGAGGCAGAUAUAGCUGGUUCAUUAGUUUCGUAUAGGUAUGACGUGGAAAUAGAAAAGUCAGGAGUGGUGGAAGUAACUUUAAAGUUUAUUACGCCCGCUGAUGAAGUUUGUGUUUUCGGUAUCAUUUUGUUUGCAGCUCCAAACCCAAACGGAAUUACUACACAAACACCAAAUUGUAUAAAUUUGGAAAACGUACAAAAAAUUCUAAACAGUUCCAAGCAAACCAUAUCACCAGGAGCAGAGAAGUGCAAAUUGUUCAUGCAAUUAUAUAGUCAAAAUUCAAAUAUGCAAGACCAAUUAGUUGAAAGCAGUAAUAAGAAGACUGGAAACGAUGCUCUAUUGGCAACGUUGCUGGAUAACAUUGUAAGAAAAAAUAUUGAAGAAAUGGAAUCGAGAAUGAAUACGCGAUUAAAUCUAAUAGAGCAACGUUUAAGUAAACUUGAUGAAGUUUUAAGUAUCUUGAAUCAGAACAAAUAAUUUGCAAAUCUAUUGGUGCAUUUUACAUAUUCUCAUUAAAUUAUAUCAUUUUAUACAUCAAACACUUUAAUAUAAAUAAAUAAUGUUUUCAAUAUCUGAA